CCGAUUAGAUUAAAUUACAGUCCACUGAACUUGUGUUUGCGAUUCCCUUUGUACAGCCUUUAGUUGAUAUUUUUCCAUCAUGGGAAUCAUCCAGAAAUUGCGAAUUCUCGCGAUGUUGGGAAUUCUCGGAGAAGUCCACGGAAAUCUAGAGUGGACUGAAGAUAGUAAAGACUCGAUUUAUUUCGACCACUUCGUGUUCUCUCAGUUAUGGCCAACGACUCUCUGUUUACCGUUGGACAAUGGAACAACUGGUGGGUGCAAUCAGACAAUCAGAGACCAGUGGAUGAUCCAUGGUCUCUGGCCAGGAAAAUUUCACACGUUGGAUGUGCAAUAUUGCGAUAACACCUCCAUCUUCGAUCCUACAUCGAUCGAUUCAAUAAGAGAAGAAAUGAAGAUUAAGUGGCUAGAGUGGAUGCCGGCAAAUGAUCAUGAUGAGGUCCUAGCACUAUGGAAACACGAGUGGGAAAAGCACGGAACUUGCUCGACUUCACUCGAAAUUUUAAACACCCAGACGAAAUAUUUCGAGAAAGGCUUGCAACUUUAUGAUAAUCAUAACAUGAAUAAGAUUCUGGCCAGGGCGAAUAUUCUGCCAGGAAAUCAAUAUUCCAUUGAAGAUCUUCUGGCGAGAGUCGGUGGAGUCCUGGGGAAGCGGUUAAUACUGCAUUGCAGUGUAAGACCGGGAAGCAAUACGUCGUAUCUCGAAGAGAUUUGGAUAUGCUUUGAUAAAUCAAUGAAUUUAAUUCACUGCGACGAUGUUUACAACUUCCCUACUGAUUGUCCCCGGGAGAGGGAGAUUUUGUACCCCGAGUAUCCACGAAAUGACUACAAUAUCCGAAGUAUUUAAUUUUAUUUCAAGAGAUGAGUGAGAAAAUAUGUAGAAAAUACUUCUAGCUUCAGAGAACAAUUUGUAAGUCCUCGAA